AUGCGGUGGAGUUUCCUUCUGGCACUGCCGUCCGUGCACGCCAUGGGCAUCUACUUCUUCUGGGUCUCCAACGUGCGCAUUGGCUCCCGCAUGCAGUGCGACGGUGCGCCCAAACACUGUCCCGGCGACUUCCUCGCGUACCGGCGCGAAGCGUUGCAUUGUGAGUUUGAGGCGUGCAAGGACGCGACACACCCACCAGGAUACGUGCCGACACCUGCGCCAACGCCAGCCCCGACCGACGCCAAGUUUGUGGUCAUUGCCGCCUACACCCCUGUGAUUGCUCUCGCAACGCCGCGCCUGCGAGGCCACCCCCUGUUGAAUCGGACGCACGUGUGA